CAAAGUCCUGGGCACUGGGGAUGCCAGGUUUGGUGUGUGCGGACACACAGACACGCAGACGCACAGGGCUCAGGGCCCGCGUAUGGACCCUGCCCCCUCCGCUCCCACUUUCCAGGGCUGUCCGCGCACCCUAAUUCUCCAGCCUUCGGCCGCUCUCCCAGCCGGGCAUCUGCACAGCAGUGAGGGACCCAGGAGUCCACCUUGAGACCUUCAGCAACCUCAGCCUUAACCUUGGCGGUGACCUGGUUCGAGGUCUAGCCAGCCUUAGCAUGACAAAGGAAUAUCAGGAUCUGCAGCAUCUGGACAAUGAGGAGAAUGACCAGCAGCACAGAAAAGGGCCACCUCCUCAACAGUCACUCUUUCGGCGUCUCUGCUCGGGACCCUGCCUCCUCCUGAUUUCCAUGGGCCUUAGCCUCCUGCUGCUGGUAGUUGUCUGUGUGAUCGGAUCCCAGAACUCCAAGCUGCAGGAGGAGCUGCAGGCCCUGAGAGAGACCUUCAGCAACCUCACCGCGAGCACAGACGCCAAGGUCAAGACCCUCAGCAUGCAGGGAGGAAAUGUGGGCAGAAAGAUGAAGUCUCUGGAGUCCCAGCUGGAGAAACAGCAGCAGGACCUGAGUGAAGAUCACUCCAGCUUGCUGCUCCACGUGAAGCAGUUUGUGUCCGACCUGCGGAGCCUCAGCUGUCAGAUGGCUGUCCUCCAGGGCAAUGGCUCUGAAAGGACCUGCUGCCCGGUUAACUGGGUGGACUAUGAAGGCAGCUGCUACUGGUUCUCCCGCUCUGGGAAGCCCUGGCCGGAGGCCGAGAAGUACUGCCAGCUGGAGAACGCCCACCUCGUGGUGGUGGGCUCCUGGGAGGAGCAGCCCCUUCUUUGUCCCCAGAAAUUUAUCCAGCACCACGUGGGCCCUGUGAACUCCUGGAUCGGCCUCACUGAUCAGAGCGGGCCCUGGAAGUGGGUGGAUGGCACCGACUACGAGUCGGGCUUCAAGAACUGGAGACCCGAGCAGCCGGAUGACUGGUACGGGCAUGGGCUCGGGGGUGGCGAGGACUGUGCCCACUUUACGGAGGACGGCGGCUGGAACGAUGACGUCUGCCAGAGGCCCUACCGCUGGGUCUGCGAGACACAGCGGGACAGGGACAGCGGCAGCUAGGAGUCUCCUCUCCCUCUAAUUUAUGUCCUCAAUGCUUUUACCUGCCACGGGGGUCUUGGUUGGGGGACCCUCCCCUCUGGGUGCUUCCGGAUUUUCACCUCGGAUUUUGAGGGAAGGGAGAAGGGUGGGGUCUGAGGAAUGGAGAGUGAUGUUUGGAGGGGUGGGGAGUUUGAAACGCCUGCCAGUUUCUGUAGUUUGCAGGGUAUUAUUGUCAACUUUUUUUUUUUUUUUUUUUUAAG